UCUGUCAGCCGCUUUGAGCUGACCAGCAGAACAAGCAAUUUGUCCCACCGGCGUUUUAGUGAUCAGCAGAAGGUCGUCGGGAACUGGCAAGCCGGUAUUCGGCAACAAACAGAACAUACCUGCCAAGUCUGCCGUAGUUUAUGACCAGUGACGAUGUGACAGCGCGAGUGAUGUUUUCGCUUUUUUGUUGCGGAAAUUCAGACUAUUACGAUUCCUCGCUAGCUGGCUAACGUUAGCUUGCGCUUAGCUAGCAUCACUUGUGAUCGUUACGUCGCCGGCUUGUCAUCGAAUGCUUUUUCUGUGAGCGACACGUCUUACCUCUGCACGGACCGAAAAGCGCUUUUUUUCCGAUCGCUUCAGUCAGCUCCAUCCCUGUUUACUCAUCUUGACACCGUGUGGCUGUCUGGAUGGCAGCCGCGACCACAGCCCGGAGGUUGCCCAUGGGUGUGCGGACUUUUAGCGACUAUCUUCAGCUUGCCAUCGUGGGCUCGCCCCGGUCUUGUCGCCCAUCGGUGCCCCGAAUGUGCACGCGACAAAAUAUCAGACAUUUGUCCUCAUGCGGCAUUUUGAUGACAAGAUCUCCCAGAGUGCUUUGCCUCCACGACUGGGAAGCAAUGGCGAGUGUUCCCCAGAGCAGGAACUUCAUCAGCCUUACCAAUAAAAGAAAGGAGUACUCGGAACGCAGGAUACUUGGGUACUCCAUGCUGGAGAUGUACGAUGUGGUUGCCAACGUCGACGACUACAAGCUGUUCGUUCCGUGGUGCAAGAAGUCUCUGACGGUGGCCAAGCGGGCGGGCCACUGCAAGGCCCAGCUGGAGGUGGGCUUCCCGCCUGUCAUCGAGCGCUACACGUCCAUGAUCAGCUUCGUGCGGCCUCACCUGGUCAAGGCCGUGUGCACGGACGGAAAGCUGUUCAACCACCUGGAGACCAUUUGGCGUUUCAGUCCUGGCAUUCCCGGUUACCCUCGCACCUGCACUGUUGACUUUUCCAUAUCCUUCGAGUUUCGCUCCCUGCUGCACUCGCAGCUGGCCGCCAUGUUCUUCGACGAGGUGGUCAAGCAGAACGUGGCUGCUUUUGAGCGUCGUGCCUGCAAAAUCUAUGGCCCAGAGACUCGUAUCCCACGAGAGCUCAUGUUCCACGAGAUCCACCAGACGUGAUGUCCGGCCGUAAAACACCCAAACUGCAUGAAGCUGCUGCUUAGUCUCCCCCCCUACUCCCAGCCUACCCCCCCUACCUCUCUUGAGGGACAUUGUCCAGCAAGUUCAUGUACAAAACAACAAAUACAUCAUCAAACAAUACGCUUUUAUUUAAAAAAAUAUAUAUAUUUUUAAGACAACCAAUCCUGAGUUUAUUUCUGAAGGGGAGGAAGUCCAAUGUUUCACUGUGAGCUUCAGUUCAAACAUAUUCCUUCACGUUGAUUUGUUUUGAUACACUACUCACAAAAAGUUUGGAUGUUAGCUGAAAUAUCAGGAUGAAUCUUGAAUGUUGCCAAACUUACAGGUGAAUCUAAUUCAAACUUCUCACAAUUUUUGAAAGCACAUAUGUAUUCAACUGUUUAGUGUCUCAGCACUUUUUCCUACAACUUGCUGUUCUCUAAGAAGGAGCCACAUUCACAGCAGGUGUUUUUUUUAAUGACUCUUCCAGUUAAUCUUUCAUGAUAUUUUAGGCUCAUCCUGAAAAUUCUCCAGUAUCCCAUUUUUUGUGAGUCGUCUGCUUUGCUUCAUAAGUGUGCUUGGUGCUAAACACUUCAUAUAUAAGUGUUUUUUUUUUUUAAAGGGGGAGCGGAUAAAAUGUGCCAUUUUUGGAACAGUGAGAAAGUGUUAACAGGUUUGAGUAAAGGGACAAAGAAGUUUUCUUUCUGCACUUUGAACUUGCUUGCUGUCAUGUGUGACAUUUGCAUACGUGUGCACAGAUUUGGAAGCCUAGUGGUGAACCACCUCAUGCCAGUGCUUUAGCUUUUCUUUUAUCAUCUCAGGAGAAGUAUAUGGGCAGCUGCAUCACAUCUGCUCAGUUACACACUGUUUUUUUUUUUUAAUCUGAAGAUAAUUUAAAAUGCAGGAAUACAGCUAUCUUAUUUUUUAAAAAAAAACUUAAUUCCAGUUUUUAAAUAAAUUCAAGUGUUUUAGACAUAUAAAAGGUCAUUUUUGUUUUUAAAGUUUCAUUUAAAAAAGAUAUAAAUCUGUACAAUUGUAAAAAAAGACAAAAAAACAGGUGAAUUCAAAUUACUUUUCUGAUUAAAACCUGUUCACAUUUUUCAGCUUUCCCAACCUUUUCUUUUUUGUGUUCAAAUAAAAAGAUAAGUCAAUUUGCAGUUAUUCAUCUGUUGUAGUCCAAAUUGGUCUCAAAGUGCUCAUACUUUUAUUAACUUUUCCUUGAAAAUGGGUAAAAGCCGAACCACAAAUAUCCGGGGGUCCACUUUAUACUCAAGUUCAAUCAACAUUUCAGAGCUUCAAUGUUACAUGGCAAAUGAAAGCAUGAGAGGAAUGCCCUUUAGCCUGCAGCGUUCACACUAACAUUGUUGGCCUAGGAACUUAAACUUGUCGUUUGUUUGCACAUGUAUGCAAGGCUGCAACUUGUGUUUGUGCGCUGCACACUCAUUGAUUGUAAGACAUACAAAAGAUUAUUGUAUCUAUUUUCAACUUCCUGGCCCGUGCUUUGAUGUGGCAACUUGAACCAAUUGACAAAAUAAGUGUCGCUUUGCUACAUGGGUGAUCUCAUGUUGUUGAGCUUUUUUUAAUCUGCGGGGGAGAACCCUCGUGAGGCAGGGAAAUAUUUAAACUUUCAAGCACCUGUGCGUUAUUGUGAUGUCCCUAUGUUGUAGAAAGGAUGAAGUGUACUUUUGGAGGCAAGACUGUAUAUAAAUAAAGUUCCUUAUUUUCAGUG